UAGACGGGAGGCACACGAAUGCACUUCACGCCGCCGCGGCUCGUCGCUGCCACUGCAGCCGGUGCGUGCGGGGAAGGAGAGGACUCGCGGAGCGUCUCUUCUUCUCCCCCCUCCGCCCCCCCCCCCCCCAUAACACGCGGGAGGAGGCGGAAUGGCUUGAGAAUCAGACAACGCGGACUCGAUCUCGAUCGGCUGAUGUGCGAUGGCUCUCUGACUGUGUGUGUGUGUGUGUGUGUGCGUGUGUGUGUGUGCAUGCGUGCGCGUGUGUGUAUGUGCGCGUGUGUGUGCGUCCGUCCGUCUUGCCGCGAAUUGCUGCAGUGCUGUUUUUUUUUCUUUUUUCCAGGUGUUGCGAUAUGUGUGUGUGCGAGUGAGUGCGUGCGCGUGUGUGCGUGCGUAAGCGGCGGUGUAGCCUGGUGUAAAUCUCUUAACGAAUUGGACUAAGCCGGGGGGGGGGGUGGGGGGGACGGAAUCUGAUGUCACAUGUGCUUCAUUGGAGGAGACGGGGCAUCUGCGAGCGGGAUUUUGUGGAGGAUGCUGCGGCAAGUGAUCCACAGAGGGCUCAAGGCUUCGUUCUACUGGCUGGGCUUAUUCGUUAGCAGGCACCCCGUGUUCUUCCUCACCGUCCCCGCGGUCCUCACCAUCAUCUUCGGCUCCACAGUGCUCAGCCGAUUCACGCCGGAGACGGACUUGGAGGUGCUGGUCGCGCCGACCCACAGCCUCGCCAAGAUCGAGCGCAGUCUCGCCAACAGCUUGUUCCCCAUCGACCAGUCGAAGCACAAGCUGUACUCGGAUCUGCACACGCCGGGCAGAUACGGCAGGCUCAUCCUGCUCGCCGGGUCCGGGGGGAACAUCCUGGAGCUCGCCGACCAGGUCCUGCGGGUCCACAAGCAGGUGCUGGACCUGCGCGUCAAUUACAAAGGGUUCAAUUACACGUUCGCGCACCUCUGCGUGCUGAGGCACCGGGACAAGCGCUGCCUCCUGGACGACAUCGUCACCAUCUUCGAGGACAUCGGGCAGGCGGUGCUCUCCAACAGCACCUUCCAUAAGGUGCCCGUGAGCUAUCCGAACACGACGCUGAAGGAUGGCCGUGUGUCCUUCAUCGGCCACCAGCUGGGAGGUGUCUCCUUCUCGCCCAACAGCCGCGACCAGCAGGUCAAGUUCGCCCGGGCCGUCCAGAUCACCUACUACCUCCGCAACCACGGACCCGUGGUGCAGGAUGCCAUCGCUGAGCGCUGGGAGAACGAGUUCUGCGCACUGGUCAGCCGGCUGUCGACGGCCGAGGCGCCCCACGCGCCCGACCAGCUCCACAUCCAGUCGCUUACCUCCUUCAGCCUGUGGCGGGACUUCCACCAGACGGGCGUGCUGGCCAAGGGGGAGGUGCUGGUCAGCCUGGUGCUGGUGCUCCUGGCCGCCACCAUCUCCAGCUCCAUGCGGGACUGCCUGAGGGGGAAGCCGUUCCUGGGCCUGCUGGGUGUGCUGACCAUAUGCAUUGCCAACGUGACGGCCGCGGGGAUCUUCUUUAUAUCGGACGGGAAGUUCAACUCCACGCUGUUGGGGAUCCCAUUCUUUGCCAUGGGCCAUGGAACCAAAGGGGUGUUCGAGCUGCUGGCAGGCUGGAGGAGAACGAGGGAAAACCUCCCCUUCAAGGAGCGCGUGGCGGAUGCUUUUGCCGAUGUGAUGGUGUGCUACACCAUGACCAGCUCCCUCUACAUCAUCACCUUUGGCAUGGGAGCUAGCCCUUUCACCAACAUCGAGUCGGUGAAAAUCUUCUGCCAGAGCAUGUGCGUUGCCAUCCUGGUCAACUACUUCUACGUUUUCUCCUUCUACGGCUCCUGCCUGGUGUUUGCCGGACAGCUGGAGCAGAACCGCUACCACAGUGUUUUCUGUUGUAAAAUCCCCUCAGUGGAAUACCUGGACCGCCAGCCCACAUGGUUCAAAACCAUGAUGAGUGAUGGCCAUGACUUGUCUACACACCACGAUAGCGUCCCCUACCAGAAUCACUUCAUCCAGCACUUCCUGCGUGAGCACUACACAGAAUGGAUUACCAACACCUAUGUCAAACCCUUUGUGGUCAUUCUAUAUCUCAUCUACGCCUCUUUUUCAUUCAUGGGAUGUUUACAGAUCAGUGAUGGAUCAAAUAUAGUGAACCUGCUGGCUAGUAACUCUCCGAGUGUUUCCUACGCUCUGACCCAGCAGAAAUACUUCAGUAACUACAGUCCUGUGAUUGGCUUCUACAUUUAUGAGCCCAUCGAGUACUGGAACUCCACGGUGCAGGAGCACCUGAAGACCCUGAGUCAUGGCUUCAACAAGAUCUCUUGGAUGGACAACUUUUUCCACUACCUGCGCGUGGUGAAUGUGAGCGCGUCAACCAAGAGCGACUUCAUCGCGAUCCUUAAGGGCUCCUUCCUUCGCAGCCCGGAGUACCAGCACUUCACUGAGGACAUCAUUUUCUCCAUGAACCGCGAUACUGACGAGUACGACAUUAUCGCCUCUCGGAUGUACCUGGUGGCACGGACGACAGAGAAGAAGCGAGAGGAGGUGGUGGAGCUUCUGGAAAAGCUUCGUCCGUUGAUGCUGAUCAACAGCAUCAAAUUCAUUGCCUUCAAUCCCACGUUUGUGUUUAUGGACCGCUACAGCUCCUCUGUCAUCUCGCCCAUCCUGACCUCAGGCUUCAGCGUACUCACAAUCCUCAUCCUCACUUUCUUCCUGGUCAUCAACCCAUUGGGGAACUUCUGGCUCAUUCUCACGGUGACGUCCGUGGAGCUGGGCGUCUUGGGUUUGAUGACCCUCUGGAACGUCGGCAUGGACAGCAUCUCAAUCCUGUGCCUUAUUUAUACCCUCAACUUCGCCAUGGAUCACUGUGUACCACACCUGUACACUUUUGUGCUGGCCAACGAGCACACUAGGACGCAGUGCAUCAAGUUGGCACUGGAGGAGCACGGGGCGGCCAUCCUGCAGAACGCAUCCUGCUUUGUGAUCGGGAUCAUGCCCCUGGUGUUUGUGCCUUCCAAUCUGACCUACACACUGUUCAAGUGCUCCCUCCUCACGGCGGGCUGCACCGUGCUGCACUGCUUUGUCAUCCUGCCCGUCUUCCUGACCUUCUUCCCGCCGUCCAAAAAGAGACACAAGAAAAAGAAACGGGCCAAGCGCAAAGAGCGGGAGAGGGAGAGGGAGCGGGAGAGGGAAAGAGAAAGGGAGGAGAUAGAGUGCAUUGAAGUCAGGGAGAAUCCUGAUCAUGUGACAAACGUCUGAGUAGUUUGUUAUUUUAGCAAUGAGUAUCAGUGGUUAUCCGUCAGUUAUUGGUGGAUUAGAGGUAUCCUCCAAUGGUGAGCCGCCUCUCGAGGUGAAGGGGCGUCCGAGAAGUCCCCUGAGGAGUGGGAACUGAUCACUCCCAACCAAUAGCAGCUAAGCUGGCUAGAGUAGAGCGCAGCCCCACUGGUCAGUCAUUCAGUCUGGACAGUGUAUCUCAUUUGCACAAACUGCAGCAUGCCCACGGUUCUAAAGCUCUUUCCCAACUAUUUGGUAUAUUAGACAAGUUAGUUCCCAGAACUCUUGCUUGCUAAGUCUGUAAGUAAAUUCCAAACAAUCGGUAUGUGAGUCCAUUUAAAUAUUAACAAUUCUAUGUUCAUCUCCUGCUGCCCUUAUCUCAAAAGAAGUGAGUGAGGAACAUAGCAGUCUGUUAAGCCAAGGACUAGUUGGUGAAAGUGGUUAGUGGGAUCAUACAAAAGUGUAUAAACGAAACUGUGCAGGAGACGACUGCACGCGCACCUUACUCCUCACACCGUGGUAACGGCAAAAACAAACGAAACCAAAUUCCAUGGAAGGAGAGAAACUGUGUAGAGCACACAACAUGCUUUUCUGUGACAUUAAAAAAUAGCUGAACAGCUGAACUGGGCAGAUGGCAUACACUGUGUCCACUAUGAAGAAUUAUCUUGCACAUUGCAUCGUGCAAAUUGAACCGUCGAGGCUCAUAUUAGCAGGAGUCAAAUAUUCCUGCUUUAUUCCAGAGGGCAAAUAAGGUCGUAGGCAAUGGCAACAGGAACUGCAGUGGGCUGCAGCUUAUGAAGAGGAAGUGAUAAGUAACUGUCGUGCAGCAGUAUUUUUAAAAGGCAGUAAGCCUGAGUAUGACUUAUCCUAAACUGCUUUUACACCAGACCAGUAAAACCAAAAGUGAAGGGUGUUUCCAUGGCUGGAAAUAUGGAACUUUCUUGCAGGUUGAUAACAAUGGAAAGUUCCAGAGAGAGUAUGAAUGUCUCUGUGAUCCACGUACAAAAGCUUAUGGCAUGGCACUGGUAAUUGGAAGGUCUGAAUGUGAUUCAAAACUAGCAGUGGUGCCAAAUAGUGUACAUAAUUUUUUGUUUUGACAGAGUUCUAUAACAACAAAAAAAGUCUCAGUAAGUUUGAACUUUCACAGAAACCAACCACGAAUUAUUCAAGCUAAUUUGAAUGAUUGCUAUUUGAUGUUCAGGUUUGUGAAGCAGGCUAUUAAGCAGUGAAGCACCUUUCGUUGAAUAGAAUGUCUCUGAAUAGUGUGAAAAAACUGAUAAAGAGCCGUAGUGAAACUAGAACGUCCAGGUUUGUGUUCCAGAAGUUAUUCAAAAUCAUUGACAUUUGUAAUAAAACAAAUUACUACUAAUCCAGCCCUACAACAUUAUCUUUGUAUUUUGUUCACUCCAGUUAAAGUUUAUACAAAGGGGUUGAUCAUUGUGACAAGAUCACAGAUGAUUAUUACCCACCUCUGUUGUUCACCUCAGCCCUGCAGAGCAUUGUAGCGUCUUUCAGCCCAUUGUUUUGUGGCCAGCAGCCUAACUGUAUGGCUCACUCUCACGACUCUCAACCUCGUUUCCAGCAGUAGGCAGCUUGUCCUGUGAAACAGCUUUGAUAUACCUUCUCUUUGCUACCUUCCCAGCAACAAAUAGCAAACAGAGAAAAUGAGUGGACAUAGCAUUUAGCGGCUAAAGAGCCACACAUGUCCAUCAGGAGUCGGUGGAGACCAAAACAGAGCUUGACAAAGAGUGAAUAUUGGACUUACAUUGAUCAGGCGAUCAGAAACACAAUGCCAAAUUGUUGCUAAUGUUGCUCCGUAUCUGCUAGAUGUGUAAAUAAUCAAUUGCUUUCUAAUACAGGCCUACUUUUUGAGGUGAUCAUUCGUCAAGAUGUGUUUUUCAGCAUGUUCCAAGGCCCCCACGUGACCAAAAAAAUGCUGCUUUAAUGAACACCACUUCCCCAAGCCUAAGACCAUUCUGGGUUAAUACCAACUGAAAGACUAGAUAUGACAUAGCACUAGCACUAGCAUUGGCACCAGCCAAGGAAGAGAAUUGUUGCAGUGAUGUAUAAUAUGGGCAAGGCCAUGCUAGAAAACCAGAUUUUUGAACAGCUUUUUUUUUUAUGUUAACAAACCAAUCGUAUAACUUUUGUUUUACAAUCAUCAAGGGUUUGAAUGCUGAUAGCAAAUACUAUAAAAGACACCCAUUGAUCUUGGAGUAGUAAAAGACAGCAGAGCAUGUCACUUUUUCCGAGAGGCCAAUUAAAGACACCCUCAAUGAGAUAUUCUACUGAGCUACGAUAGCUUAAGAAUAGCAUCUAGCCAGGAAGUGACGUCAAGACUUCAGCUAUCUAAUUUAUUUGGAGCAUUCUAAAUGUGAAGGUACACACACACACACACACACACACACACACACAAAUACCCUCUUUUAAUAGUCAGCCUAAGAAGUCUAAAACGUCUGCCGGCUACCUAGAGGGUUUUAUUUAUAUAUA